GGUUGGACCAAUAGGAUCGACGAGGAUGAUAUGUUUAUACCAACCUACUUUUCCGUACAAAGCCACUGUUUAGUUGACAUGAUGAUGUGGGAGGUGGUGAUCCCCAAAGGCCUGUCAAGUGGUAACCUCAAACAAUUCAAGGAAACCGAGCCCCACUGCGAAUGCACAGAAGAGAUUGUAGAAGUGGAUCAGGACCAAUCACAUGACUCCUCACCUACCCCAAAGAGUGAUAUGGAAUUAACAGAAUAUGCUGAUCUUCCAAGCCUGGAGGAGGCUCCAGAGGAGAAAGAGAUGACAGCGAUUUAUCAAAUAGAGGCGGCCACGGGGUGUCGUGGGCGGUCUGGUGACACCCGCUGGUUGACCCAGCUUGCUCACAUUGCCACCGGGCCUCAGAGCCCCCUGCUACAGGAUUCUCCCCACAGCAGUUCGUCUACUGCCCGAAGUGAUUUACAUUCGUACGCCCGGCCUCCCCUUCCGAGCUCCAGCAGAGGCAGGACGAGCAGCGAAUGCAGCUCGGCCGUGUCCACCAGAUCCUCGCUGUCUGAUGACGAAGACACGGCCUGGAGCGUCUCCUGGCCUGCCACUGCCUGGCAUUGCUUUCUUAAAGGUACUCACCUACGUUUCCACAGUGGCGGCAAUGUCGAGUGGCGCAAAGUUGAGGACCUUCAGUCUGACGUUGAGGAACAGUCCACCUUGGCGAGUUACGGCUGUGAGGGUUUGCAGCUUGUGGCACACGCCGAAAACGUCUUGUCUGGUCAGGCCAUCUUACAGCUGACCUUUGACCCUGGCGCUUUUGGACACAGCUUGUUAACUGCACGCUGUGAACUUGACCACCCGUUCUACGUUAAAAACAAAGGUUGGUCGUCAUUCUACCCGAGCUUGACCGUGGUACGCUACGGGAUAGCCGGCUACGAAAUGGAGCUAGGCGACGUUUGCCUUCCUCCGGGUCACAGAGAUGCCGAACAUACAGAUGACUCGCUUGUCUUUGACACAUUUAAAAGUUACGAUUUCACACCGCUGGACUCUUCCGCCGUUUACCUGCUGAGCAGCAUGGCCCGACGGCGAUAUGCCUCCCAGUCCAGCGGGGGCGCCAUUUCCCCACACCGAGACACAUUACAAGACGCCGACACACCCAGCCGCUCCCGUUGUCCUCACCGCAAGCCAAUCAAAAGCCAAAAUGUCCUCCAACCAGGAAGUAGCCAAGUCACACCCAAGUGUAAGCGGCCAAUGAAUGCAUUCAUGCUGUUCGCCAAGAAGUUCAGGGUGCAGUACACGCAGAUGCACCCGGGCAAGGAUAACAGAGCCAUCAGCGUGCUACUCGGCGAGCGCUGGAAGAAAAUGCGGACCGAAGAACGUCGGGUGUUUACCUUACAGGCCAAAGCUCUCGCCGAUGAGCAGAAGAGGCUCGACCCGGACUGUUGGAAACGCAAACGCACCGAUUAUGUGAUUUCCGGCGACAAGUAAAAAAAAAAAAAAAAAUGCUACAGGAUGACAUGCGAGUUUUACCUUUUUUUGGGGGGGACUCAUCCACCUUUUAAAAAUCAAAUCAAGAGACGACAUUUUGUUCACUUUUCUGGCUUCUAAUUGGUGCUAUGAUAGCUUUCGUGCUGAGGAUUAAAAGGAAAAUAAAUCGGGAUGGCUACACUAUUAUCUUGCAAUAAGCUUGAAGCAGGUCCCCCCCAGUUAUAAAUGCAUGUUGUAAUGUUUAUGUGAAUUUAUUUUAACUGCAACAUAAAUUGUAAAUUUACAAUUAGCUUGCUUAUUACUGUACUUUAUGUAAAUAUUGUAUACACUCGUUAUUAAGAUGUGCAUGCCAACUUAAUUUAGAUUUCACCAAUAAUCAGGUCAACAUUCAUAAAAAUGUGUCACCGAUAUAAUGUGCCAUAAUUGAAUAAUACAAAUAUAUUUUUAUCAAAUAUUUUGAGAUCAUCACACAUAAAUGUGUUGAGGCAUCAUAAUUCGAUUUUAUUUCGGUGCAUUUUAAUUGAUCCAGUAUAAAAUGUAAGAACGGAGAAGGUGCAGCGUUAAAGAAAUAUCGCAUUAUUUGACACAGUCUGUAUUAUUUACGACUUUUAUUUAUGAUGCACUGUAUACACUUUAUCAUGUGUGACUGCGACAUUAUAAUGACAAAUAUUUUUCAUAACUUUUAUGUUUGUGGAUUAUUUACUGCUCUGUUCUGCCAUUUGUUGACAAUGCAAUAUAAAGUUUGAAAAAUAAUAAAACACUUUAAAGCUUU